AUAGGCUGCUCCGAAGCGGAAGUGCAGCCGCUGUUUGGGGGGCGGGGCCUCUGCUUUUAGUCAGAGCGAGUAGAGCUGCAAGAAAGCAGGCGGGAUGGAGCACCGGUGACUGCCGCUUCUCUGAUUCUCCGCAUCAUCCCAGCCCUUGUCUACCGGCUGCUGCUCCUGCGGCCAUGGAGACCGUGCAGUUGCGCCACCCGCGCCGGCAGCUAAGAAAAUUAGAUGAAGAUAGUUUGACAAAACAGCCUGAAGAAGUGUUUGAUGUGUUGGAAAAACUUGGAGAAGGAUCCUAUGGCAGCGUAUUCAAAGCUAUCCAUAAAGAAACAGGCCAAGUUGUUGCAAUUAAGCAAGUUCCUGUUGAAUCUGAUUUGCAGGAGAUUAUUAAGGAGAUAUCAAUAAUGCAACAAUGUGAUAGUCCUCAUGUAGUCAAAUAUUAUGGCAGCUAUUUUAAGAACACGGACCUCUGGAUAGUAAUGGAAUAUUGCGGUGCCGGAUCUGUGUCUGAUAUAAUUCGACUACGAAAUAAAACGUUGAUGGAAGAUGAAAUUUCUACAAUAAUACAAUCAACACUGAAAGGACUGGAAUACCUACAUUUCAUGAGGAAAAUACAUCGUGACAUCAAAGCUGGCAACAUAUUACUUAAUACAGAAGGACAUGCUAAACUUGCAGAUUUUGGGGUAGCUGGCCAGCUUACUGACACUAUGGCAAAAAGAAAUACUGUGAUAGGAACUCCAUUCUGGAUGGCUCCUGAAGUGAUCCAAGAAAUUGGAUACAAUUGUCUGGCAGAUAUCUGGUCUCUGGGUAUCACCGCCAUUGAAAUGGCUGAAGGAAAACCUCCAUAUGCUGAUAUUCAUCCAAUGAGGGCAAUUUUCAUGAUUCCAACAAAUCCACCACCAACAUUUCGAAAGCCAGAACUAUGGUCAGAUGAAUUUACAGAUUUUGUAAAACAGUGUCUUGUGAAGUGUCCAGAACAAAGGGCCACUGCAACGCAGUUGCUUCAGCACCCUUUUGUAAAAAAUGCCAAAGGAGUUUUCAUCUUACGAGAUAUGAUUAACGAGGCAAUGGAUAUUAAACUAAAAAUUCAGCAAGCUCAACAGCGUGACUUAUUUCAUGACGAUGAAGAAAAUUCAGAAGAAGAUGAAAUUGAUUCUAGGACUAUGGUUCGAGCAAGGGGACAAGAGACGGGUACAAUCAGAGCUGCUUGUGGAAUGAGUGAAGGUGUUAAUACCAUGAUAGAAUAUAAUGACACUUUAGCAACACAAUUGGGAACAAUGGUCAUAAAUGCAGAAGAUGAGGAAGAUGAGGGAACCAUGAAAAGGAGAGAUGAAACCAUGCAGUCUGUCAGACCAUCUUUCCUUGACUAUUUUGAACAAAAGGAAAAAGAGAAUUGGCAAAACAACUAUGGAAGGCAAGUGUCUGAAAGAUGUUCCUCAGAUUGGAGAGUUCCUCUGGAUGGUGAUUAUGAAUUUUUGAGGAACUGGACAGUUGAAGAACUUCAAAGACGACUUGGGUCACUCGAUCCCAUGAUGGAGCAGGAGAUAGAAGAGGUUCGCCAAAGGUAUCAGUCAAAGCGGCAACCAAUUCUAGAGGCCAUUGAAGCAAAGAAAAGACGCCAGCAGAACUUCUGAGGAAAACUUGGCAAUAGAAUAGAUGUCCAUCAUUCCUUACAAUAAACUGUUCUUCUAUGACUACUGUGUAGGUGGAUUUCUAUUUCUAUUUGCUAUAGCACCUUUUUAAACUCAGGUAUGCCAUUGAAUGGAGUCCUCAUGAAGAGAUCAUGCUUUGUAUGAAUGGUAGAUAGAUUCUAAAUACAUUGCGUGUUGCUUUUGAGAAAUCUUGACUUAGCUGAGAGCUAAACUUUGUAUUAUAAAUCCAUACAAAAAUGGGAAAUGGAUUUGAUUAAGGUUGGUACUCAGAUUUUACAGUUUUUACAGUUCAGUUCCAAACAAUAUAUAUAUAGUAUAAUUAUCAGAAUGUAUAGUACCGUGGUGGUGAACCUAUGGCACGCGUGCCACAGGUGGCACGCAGAGCCCUUUCUGUUGGCACACGUGCCGUCGUCGCACCCGAUGAUACAUAAGUGGGUUUUGGGUUGCAGUUUGGGCACUUGGUCUCUAAAAGGUUUGCCAUCACUGGUAUAGUACAUUUUUGUAUGAAAAACCCAAGUAAACAGAAUAAUUCUGACUUGAUUUUCUAAGAUGAAGUAUAGAAAUUCAAAUUUUUGCUUUUUCGUUGAACUGUUAAAAAUGUGAAAUCAGAGUCCUUACAUACUAAUCUAUUAUCUAAAUUGAGCCAAAAACAUUCAUUAUUGUUGAUAUGUAGCAACCAACCACUUGAUCUUAAACAAUGCUUACUUUCAUUUUGCCCUAUUGGUAUAAUGAACUUUGGAAAUGAGUUUAAAAAAAGAAGUGAUUUAUUAGCAAGUUUACAUAUCCUGCUCCAGCAUUUGAAAAAGAAUAUGAACUUUAUCUAGUGUAGAAACCUCUAAGAGCUCCAUGCUUUUUUAUUUCUUUUUUGAAAGUAUUACUUUUCAAUGUUAUAUUUUUUCCUUUGUUUUUUAUUUUUAUUAGAAUCAUAACUCUGAAUGAAUGCUAAUAUAUUUUCAGUGAUGUCUAUCAGUUAAAAAAUAUAAUAAAUAUUUUAUUUUCAGUAUUUUUUUCAGAGUUUGUGGUAGCAGAGGAAUGUCAGUUCCCCCCAGUUCAGGAAAAAUUAGUAUCUCUUUUGAUCAUAAAUAUUUAAAAUAGUUAAGGAACUGUGGACUUUUGUAUUAUCUGCUACUUCAAGCUGAAUUUAUUUAAGUUUGUGGUACUAGUUUUGAAUUUAAACUGGAGUAAGCAUUUCCUUUUAUUUGGAAAAAUAAACAUAUCAGUUGGGAUCUAAAUAAAAAUCUUGAGACCCAAAUUAAUUUCCAAAUACCAUUUAGUUAAAAAAAAAACACCACCAUAAUAUAUCUGUGAUAAAACAGUUGCCUCAUGAAUAGAUGUUUUAUACAAAUCUCAAGGUUGGAUUUCUACUAAGGGAAACUUAUGGUGGAAUGUGUUCCUGACAACUUCAGGUUUCAUAAGUGUCCAUAGAAAUUUUCCUCCUUCCACCUACAACAUAUACUGUAUGCAACUAUUGGAACAACCAAACUACAAAGAGGUCUAUAUAAUUAAGUGGAGUUCAGAGUGUGAAAAAGGACUUGAAAUUCUUCUAGUCUUGCAACAGCCUCUUGUGCCUAGUACGUUAAUCCCCAAAGGUUCUUUUGACCUGCAGAGGAUACAUAGAAAGGGAGUGGUUGAAAUAUCAUACUUGUGUGUGAAAGACUGUGCCUACAGCUAACAAUUCUGAUGAAUGUCUAUAAUUUAUGACACUGCAGUUUGAUAA